UGGCCUGCAUAACUCUGACGUAGCAGUAUCGGCAUCAGUCUGGUAUUUGUACGUCUUUGGUGGGAACAGCUUGGCAUGGCAUCUACUUGUACAAUACAACGACGACAACAAAAGCGUCGCGCAUGGAAAAGCUUCGACGGUGCAUUUGUGCGUGGGGGCCCUAUAACCUCUAGCCCUCAAAGUAUAAAAUUGCGUUUGGUAGAGUAGACGAAGCUAUCGAUUUUGCUGCAAGAAAGUUAAGUCUUGAUAAGUUUAAGAGCCAACAAGUUAACGCUCUUCGCCCAGGGUAAUGAUAUAUUUAUCAAUUUACCAACGGGGUUUGGAAAAAGCUUGAUCUUCCAAGCUUCCACAGUUAUUGUGGACUUUUUGAAAGUUGUUGGUGGAAACGAUAACCAUGAUAACGACGACAUCGGCGCUGACGAGAAAUCAUUGGUUGUUGUCGUCUUGCCGCUUAAGGCUCUGGCUGUAGAUCAGUUAGACCAUGGAGGAAUGUAUUCCGCCAUGGUUAGACCGCGUAAGCAAACUCGGUCUGGAGGCUGCUGAUAUUACUUCGGAUAUACCAGAUCAUGUUUUGGAACAAUCGCCCAAGUACUCGAUCCUGUUUGCAAGUCCAGAGAGUCUUUGCUCAAGCAAAGGGAAGGAACUACUGUUGCUGGUCAAAAACAGAUGCUGUGGAUUGUUUGUUGACGAAAGUCAUUGCGUAUCGAAAUGGGGUCAUUCAUCAACCAAGAGUUCAGCAUUCCGGAAGUGCUAUGGCCAGCUGGGACAGCUACGCUCCAUCCUGAACCAGUCAAUUGUUUAAUAUCACGUUUUCACCUGAGGUUGUUUUUAAAACCAAAAAUAACUGUACAUAAUUAUUUUAAUGGCACUUGAAUUUUGACCAUAUUCAAUUAAAUGAUGAUUUUUUGGUUGUAGUCAAUGACUAUGUGUACAUGUAUUUGUUUAUGUCCAUAUUCAAUCAAGUGUGAACCAUUAUUAGCAAACUUUAAGCUGUAGGCACACUGUCCAAACCAUGAUCAAAAGACGAGUCCAAUUCAGAUAGAACUGUGUGUUCUCCAAUACGACACUAUUUUA